AUGGCGGCGCCCGUGCUGUGGCGGCGGUGCGGCCGGGCGAGGGAACUGUGGGGCGCCCCGCGCCGGGCCCUGCCGCCGCCGCCGCUCCUCCCGCUCCGGCGGCGAGCCCACGAGCAGGCGCGGCAGGCCCGCGGCGCCAGGGGGCUGCUGGCGGCGCAGUGCGAGCGCGGGCUCUUCCAGGAGGUGUUCCCGGCGCAGAGCGCGGAAGAACUGCUGCCGACGCUGCUGGAGCCGGGCCGCCCGCCCGUCACCGUCUACUGCGGUUUCGACCCCACGGCCGACUCGCUGCACGUGGGGCACCUGCUGGCCGUCAUGGCUCUCCUCCACUUCCAGCGCGGUGGCCACGACGUUAUCGCCGUGAUCGGCGGGGCCACGGCGCUCCUGGGCGACCCGAGCGGCCGCGAGCGCGCGCGGGAGCCGCUGCCGGUGGCGCGGGUGCGGGAGCACGCGCGGGGCCUGCGCGCGGGCCUGGAGCGGCUGUUCGACAACCACCGUGAGCUCUUCUGGGCGGCGGGCAACGAGCGGCUGGGCCGGGCCGCGCUGCUGGACAACGCCCGCUGGCUGGGCCGGCAGCCGCUGCUCAGCUUCCUCGGCGGGGCGGCCGGCCGGCUCCGCAUGGGCACACUGCUCAGCCGGCAGAGCUGCCAGGCGCGGCUGCGCAGCCCCGACGGCAUGAGCCUGGCCGAGUUCCUUUACCCCGCGCUGCAGGCCUACGAUUUCCUGCAUCUCCACCGGCGUCACGGCUGUCGCAUCCAGCUGGGGGGUGCCGAUCAGAUGGGCAACAUUAUGUCCGGCUACGAGCUCGUUACCAAGAUGACAGGAACAGAUGUGUUUGGAAUUACUGUACCUCUUAUUACCAGUACUACCGGAGAUAAAUUGGGGAAGACUGCUGGCAAUGCAGUUUGGCUAAACAGAGAUAAGACUUCUCCGUUUGAGCUAUAUCAGUUUUUUGUCAGACAACAAGAUAACAUCGUUGAAAAGUACCUGAAACUUUUUACCUUCCUUCCUCUUGAAGAGAUUGACCACAUCAUGGAAAUGCAUGCUAAAGAACCUGAAAAAUGGGGCCCUCAGAAACGACUUGCUGCAGAAGUAACCAAGCUUGUUCAUGGCAGAGAGGGGCUUGAAUCUGCUAAGAGGUGCACUAAGGCCCUUUAUCACAGCAGCGUGGAGGCAUUGGAAGCUAUGUCUGACCAGGAGUUACAGGAACUUUUUAAACAAGCUCCUUCAGCUGAAUUGAUGCUUGAACCUGGAAUGGACGUUCUUGACUUGUGUCGCAAAGCAAAUGCCAUUCCAGAUGGACCUAGUGGGUACCAGAAAAUUACAAACGGUGGAGUCUCAAUAAAUGGGAUUCGAGAAACUAAUCCUGAGACUGUUCUUGUUCUCGGACAACACAUUCUCAAGAAUGGAGUAUCAUUGCUGAGGAUUGGGAAGAAAAAUUACUACAUUAUAAAAUGGCUGCAGUUGUGACAACAGACCAUCUCUCUCUAGCAACGUAUUGUUUCGACUCUGUUGCCCUAAGAUUUACUUGAAGAUGUUUCUGUACUGGGUGUUAACACGCAGCUCUCAGACUGCCCAGGCCCACAGUUUCAUUAUCAAAAUACACCAACAGAGUUCAAGUGAAGGCAGCUAAGUUACACCACUGAGGAGUUUUUUAGGUACUCUACCUUAUUCAAAGCACCAUUUGUAAGAGGAUAUGCACAAGAUAAAAAGAUUAAGUUCCAAGUCCAAAGAUGGAGGUGCUCUUCCCCUAACAGCUUGCUUUGUUGUGGAAGAACAGCUGACAGCUGUACACCACAUCUACACCAUAACCUACAACAAAAUCAGACAAAGUGUACUCAAAACCAGUACUUCUUACAGAGGAUGUGUGCUGCAGUCCAGUUAAGUCUUCCUUAUAACAGAAACCUGUAUAAGUGGGUAAGAACAACCAAGCUGCUAUCAAUGUUGGUUUUCUUUCUCAACAGGUUUGUUUUGAAGGAAGCUGCAGAAGAUUCACAAUAAAUGAGUAGCGUGUA